GCUGUGGUCGCUGUUGUGACCUUGUAUCUCUCCCCAGGCUACUGGAAACAACCGUACCACACGUCGAAGCUGUCUGGGCAGGAAUGGGUUGAUGAACUCAUGAAUGGCCACCCCGAUCGCAUUCACAAUGAGCUGGGCAUGCAUCUUCAUGUCUUUGUCAUUUUUGUGGCACACCUCCGAGAGCUGGGCCUGGAGAAUCCCCGGGAUCAUGUCUCUCUCGAGGAGCAGGCAGCAAUCUAU